GAGAGAGCGAGCACAGUCUGGAGCCCUGCCUGCUGCUUGGUGCUGCUGCUAAAUGCUCCAGCAGCCUCAAAGGGACGAUGGUGGAGGGCUGGUAAAGAUGGCGGCGCUCUCCGAGGAUGGGAGGUACGGAUUAAAUUGUGGCCAACAGAGCGCUGAUAGAGUCACCGUGUUACACGUCAAAUUGACCGAUACAGCGCUGAAAGCCAUAGAGAGCCACCAAAAUUGUAAGAAUGUACCUUCUACGCGGCCAUCAAUACAAUUCAAGGGACUCCAAGGGCGCAUUAAAAUUCCCAAGACCGAUUCCUCCUCAGACACCUUCAACAAUUUUGAAUUCUACCUGUCUAACGUGGGCAAGGACAACCCUCAGGGAAGCUUUGAGUGCAUCCAUCAGUAUGUGUCAAGCUCAGGGGCCUCACACCUGGCAUUGUUGGCGACUGUACAGGACAAGGUCACAGUGUGUGCCACCAAUGACUCCUACCAGGUGACCCGGGAACGCAUGACUCAGGCCGCGGAGGACACGCGUGAACGUGGGACCAAAGUCAUCAAGCCUGGGGGCCGGUUCAGAGGCAAGCAAGUCCAUAUGCGUAAGCCGGCGCUAUCAGCCCCAGACGUGGUCCCAGAGCGCAAGCGCUCCACACCCAUCAACCCAGCCAACACUAUUCGCAAGUGCCUUUCCAAUAACCCCGUGUCCCAGCGGCCGUUCCGGGACCGCCUCAUCCACCUGCUGGCGCUCAGGUCCUACAAGAAGCUGGAAGUGCUCGCCCGUUUGCAGCGGGACGGGAUCAACCAGAAGGACCGAACCUCGUUGGGGACCACCCUGCAACAGGUGGCAAACCUGAACCCCAAAGACAACACGUAUUCAUUGAAGGACUUUAUUUAUCGUGACGUCCAGCGAGACUGGCCUGGCUACUCUGAAGACGACAAGUCACAGGUCGACCGGAUCGUGGUUCGCAAGUUAGGUCUUCCUACUGAGACACUCUCAUCAAGCAGUCCUCCCAAAGACAGCGUCCCCACAUCCCCCCAGAAACGCCAGCCAGACUUCGACUUCAUUGAUCCAUUGGCACCCAAAAAAGCCCGCAUCUCCCACCUCAGCAGUCGAGGGACAGCCUCAUCUUCAUCGUCCUCCUCUGACCGCCGCGAGGACGAGGGCAGCCCCAGCUCUAAACGCUCGUCCCUACCCGCCAACGUCACCUCGGGCCCUCCCACCCAUCUCCCCAUCCCGUCCCACCCUCCUGCACCCUCUCACCAGCAGCCCAGCCCGGCCUCCAACUCCAACUCCCCCAGCACCCCGGAGGGCUGUGGCACCCAGGACCUGCCUAUGGACCAGAGCUCCUCCUGCAGGGACCCUUCACCCAGCCCCUUCUCCUCCGAUAGGACCCUGCAGGACCGCUAUCGGCAGCCCGUCCCCGUCCCCAGACCAGCCGCAUCCCCCAGCCCCCCUCCUCCUCCUCCUCCUCAUCCUCCUCCUCCUCCUUGCACCUCACUCACAGUUACCUCCACUGUUAUCACCAGCCCUCCCUUGUCCAGCAGCACCAACAAGAAGUUUAAAAAGAAAUCCAAGAAGCACAAAGAUAAGGAUCGAGUGAGGGAGAAAGGGAAACGGACGGAAAAAGGUAGCAGAAGUCCUCCCAGUGUAGCAGAGCAGGCCGAAGAGACUCGUAGAGCCAAAAAGAAGCGCAGUGCCGAGGAAGAGAACAGAGACGUUAUCGACAAGAAUCCUCACAAAGAUCAAGACUCUUCAGAUAAAGAGAAGCCGGUCCAAUCCACUGAAUUCUCCUCCACAAUUGAGAUGCCUGACUAUGUAGUGAAGUACAUGCCAAUGGUGUCCGUUGACCAGCGGCAAAGCUACAAGGAUGACUUCAACGCAGAGUAUGAUGAGUAUCGCCGGCUGCAUGCCCGCGUGGAGAGCAUCACCCGCCGCUUCACCCAGCUGGAUGCCAAGUGCCGGAAGCUGGCACCCAGCACCAAAGAAUACCAGAAGGUGCAAGAAGAAGUCUUGAAAGAGUACAAAAAGAUGAAACAAAAGAGCCCAAACUACCACGAGGAGAAGCAGCGCUGCGAGUACCUGCACAACAAGUUGGCCCACAUCAAGCGGCUAAUAGCUGAUUUUGACCAGCGCAGAGAACAGGCCUGGUGCUGAGAGCACGGCACACAACGUCUUCACUAAUCAGUAUUGAGAAAGGAGUGUCGAACCAGGAGGGGGUGUCCAACUGGCUGUUAUUUAUUAACACCCCUUCAGUUACUGCCUCCACAACAGCCCCCCCACCUCUCUUCCUUCCCUUUUCCCACCAUCCUUUUUCAUUCCUUGCUUCCUUUCCGAUCUUUGAUUCCACUUCGCUUCAUUGUUGCCUGCAAUUUUGAAAGUGUCACUUUGACUUUACCCCCCCAUAUCUUUUUGCUUUCUUUCUGUUUCUUCUCAAUGAGCUCCUGUGGACUUUCAUACCACUGGACCAGUGGAAGGGGCCGCCUGCAUGUGUGAAGGGGUUUGGGGGAAAAAAUUCAACUCUUCUAACCUUUUGAAGGACUUUAUCUUCAGGCAAAAAAAAAGAACAAAAAAAGUAUUUUUGAGCAUCAGAGAAAAUAUUAACUUGUAUUUAAGUAAAAAAAAAAAAAGAAAGAGGGAGAUCUAUUUAUUUUGGGACUCGUAGUGCAAAGAAGAGUCCGCAGAUGAUAUAUUGUUUAACUUUUGUUGAAAACAAUGCAAAAAAAAUUUACCGCGGGCCUUAUGUGUUUUGACUUUGUGAAGCCAUUUUGCACGCAAGAUCCAUUAUGUCAUCUCAUUUGGCGUAGAUGUCUCUCCUGCCUCAUUUCCUCUCUUUUCAUAAAAAAAAAAACUGUACUGGAUAACGUUGCUUCAACACAUUACUGUGGUUGCUGAGUUUGAGGAAAUGAGACAGGCAGGAGAAAUCACUUGAGCUGAUUGAGACGCAACAACAGUAUGUGUGCAUGGAUUGUAAAUUUAGUUGUAAACGGCCACGUGGUUGGCUAAGGUGAGGUAACUAAAGGAGUACGAUCCCCCUCAGUAGGGGGCAGUAGUCCCUGCACCAAAAGUGUUUAGUGUUCACGGUGCAUUAUGGGUGCCUUAAGGUGUUUACACUCGGAAACGCCGACCCUUAGGGUCCGCAGGCUACACAAAGGAACUAUAACUGCCUGGAAACAGGUUGUGUGUGUAUGUGUGAAUGAAUGAGUGGAGAUGGAAGGGAGGGAUGUAAGUCUGGAAGGAGUGUUACAAAUUGUACGUCAGUGUGUGUGUGUGUGUGUGUGUGUGUGUUCGUACGGUUGUGCAUUAUGUGGAGUGACAGGUGUAAGAAAAAAUAGAAAUAUGGAGAAAAAAGUGAGAAAUAAUGAAAAACAAAAAAAAAGCUGCUAUAGUGUUUGACCAGCCAGAGCACUCAGGAUCAACCUGGCUGGAGUAACAGUACCUGAUCUUAAUUGAAGAGAUAAUAGAAGAUCCUUAUUUUCCAGAAUGGUUCAUGUCUAGAACCUGGAAAGGACUACGCCCACCUCUUCAGCUUUAUCCAGCGGCAAACCGCCUGAGUUUCUGUUUUUUUUUUUUUGUUUUUUUUAGUUUGUUUUUUUUAGAAAGAAAGAAACAAAAAUGUCAUCCACCAGAGGACAAAUCUGUAUUACAAUUUCAAAUGUAUUUGAUUCUCAGUUUGAGUUCUGCAGAGCAGUGAAAGAUAUUUUGUUUUCAUCAUUAUGAUAACAGAUUUAGUUCGGUGGAUGGAUGAACAGCUUCUAUGAAAAGUCUUUAUUUCAACAAGGGAAAAAUUGUUUACAAACCUGUGUUAGAAUGUUUGCCAAAAAAAUUAAAUACUUUUCUGGUACUGCAUCCAUGGAGUACAAUUUCUGAUUGGGGCUUAAAUAUAGGAGACAUUAAUAUUGGAAUAUUUUGUCUCGUUACAUUUGGAGAUGUGAAGAGGAACAGAGUCACUGUGCCCCCAGAAAAGAUCAUCAAUUGAGAGGUGUUGACUCAGCAGUCUUGUCUGAUUAUAUAUAGGCUAUAUUCAGUGGACAUGUAAGAGUCUGUGUCCUGUAUUGGAAAAAAUGUAACCCCAUUUUUUCCCCUCAGAAAUUGAGAUUUAAGUAAAUAUUGUCCAGUUCUAUCUCAUAUAUUUUGAUUGUGGCAUCCUGUCAGAUAGUUAGUCUCUGCAGCAGACUGGCUGUUUGUUCGGUUGUCAGAAUCAGUUUAACAUAAUUACAGACCUGGCUUAUCUUACUUGUUGUCUCAAGUUAUUUUGGACAGAAAAUCAUCACUGGCAUCUUGGAUGCGUCACAGAUAACAGCAGAUAAAAAAAAAUUCCACAGACUACUUUACACUUAACAUGGCUGUGAACUACAGGGUCAGUGUUUUGGUUAUUUUUUUUUUCCCCCGUGCAAUGGUCUUCCCUGAAUUUAGAGUCCGAAAAGGCCACAUCAGCAACGUUAUGAUGGAGGUCAGGGCUUUACAUGCAGCCUUCAAGGGGAUGUGUCCUCUUCUAAGCCUUCCAAACAUUUCUGUCUUUACCGAGAAACACUUAAAUUGGGUCUGAACAACAUUAAUUAUGUGACUCAUUGUGGUGGGAGGAAAGAGGGAGGGAAGAGGUUUGAUCAAGAGUCUUAAUGAGGAAGUGACAAUGCCCUGGCAGUGUUUAGAUAUGAGAAACCACUGAAAAUCAAGUGAAAUCUGAUCCUGCCCAGCCGAAAAUGUACAGGACAUUUCAAUAAAAAUCAAUUUAGUUUUACCUGGAAAA